AGGGGAUACGCACGUAUGCCUGCCUGCCCUGGAUCAGCAGACAGAGAGCCAAGGGGUUGUUGGCGCACUGGAGCCCCGGCCCCACGAAGCUCGGGCCCGAAGAGGGAGCCGUUUUAGGGAGACGGAUGGCAUUCUGCGACCGAGCAUUGCGGUCGGCACCCGGCGUAACACACAGUCGUUAUGUGAUGAUGGGGGCGGGUUGGCGUGUUGUUCCAAUGCUACGCAAACAUCACACAUGUGGCUCGGUCUCGGGGCUCGCGUUUUCGUCCCUGGCCAAGACUCUCGCGGAUAUAGAGUCAGAGCGCCCGCCGACUCUUUGAGACAAUAAUACGUGACAAAAGUUCGCACACCGCCGCCAUGCCGCCACUCCGAGUCCUCAUCUCCGGCGCGGGCAUCGCCGGCCCGGCGCUCGCCUUCUGGCUCGGCCGGCUCGGCCACACGUGCACCAUCAUCGAGCGCUCCCCCAGCCUGCGCGCCAACGGGCAGCAGAUCGACCUGCGCAAGCAGGGCAUCGAGGCGGCCCGUCGCAUGGGCAUCCUCGAGUCGAUUCGCGCGCACCUCAUCGACGAGCUCGGCCUCCAGGUCGUCGAUUCGACCGGCCGGCAAAGGGCGCUGUUCGCGCGCAUCGAGGACGACACCGCCGGCCGGCAGGGCUUCACGAGCCAGUUCGAGAUGCUGCGUGGGGACCUGGUCAAGGUGUUGGUCGACCUUACAAGAGGAGAUGCGGCUGAGUACCGGUUCGGCGUGUCCGUGGACGCAUUCGAGCAGCAAGACGACGGCGUCAAGGUUACACUUUCGGACGGCACCAACGGUGUAUACGACCUGCUCGUUGCGGCAGACGGCCAGGGAUCGCGCAUUCGCAGGAUGAUGCUCAAGGACGAGGCCGAACUAGAUGUAACUCGCCACCUCGGCGUCAACAUGGCCUACUUUACGAUCCCGCGCCAGCCCACCGACCCGGACCUCGCCAUCAGCUACACGGCGACCAAGCAGCGCUUGAUAUUCAUACGGUGGCACUCACAGGCACAAGGGCAGGUCAACUUUGGGACCAUGGCGCACGCAGCAGAGUUCGCCGACGCGUUGCAGCAGCACGACGACGCCGCGCAAAAGGAGCUGUUCGCGCGCACGUUUCGCGACGCCGGGUGGCAGGCGGAGCGGCUCGUCGACGAGAUGAAUCGCACCGACGACUUCUACUCGCACCCCAUGGUGCAGGUCCGCGCGGGGGCCUGGUCCCGCGGCAGGGUCGUGCUGGUGGGCGAUGCGGGAUACGCGCCCACGCCGCUGACAGGCAUGGGCACGAGCCUCGCGCUCAUGGGCGCGUACGUGCUCGCCGGCGAGAUCUCCAAGAGCCCCGACGACCUGCGCGCCGCGUGCGAGGCCUACGAGCGGGAGCUGCGGCCGUACGUCGAAAAGGUGCAGAGGAUCCCCAAGGGCUUGCCGGGGCUGGCGUACCCCAAAGGAGAGUUUGGCGUCAAGGUGAUCAACGCGCUGAUGGGCCUCACAACGACGCUGGGGCUGGACCGAGCGUUGCAACAUUCGCUGCUCAAGUCCAACGACCCGUACCGGUUGCCCGACUACCCUGCCCUGGCUGCGUGAGAGAAGAUGGGUUGUCUGUCUGAACUUGUCAAAUUUCUAAGGUGAAAAGCAACCUCGAAUGGCGCCUACGUCUAUAAUGUAAAGUAGAUCUAUCUAAUAUACAACCCUGCUCAG